UCUUUGCUAAGCACCUUGAUUAGAUUGAUGAGAUGUCGGGACGCGGAAAACAAGGUGGGAAGGCUCGUGCCAAGGCUAAGACCCGUUCUUCUCGGGCUGGGCUUCAGUUUCCUGUGGGCCGAGUGCACCGCCUGCUCCGGAAGGGCAACUACGCCGAGCGGGUUGGGGCCGGCGCGCCGGUGUACCUGGCGGCGGUGCUGGAGUACCUGACGGCCGAGAUCUUGGAGCUGGCGGGCAACGCGGCCCGCGACAACAAGAAGACGCGUAUCAUUCCGCGUCAUUUGCAGCUGGCUAUCCGCAACGACGAGGAGCUCAACAAGCUGCUGGGCAAAGUCACAAUCGCUCAGGGCGGCGUCCUGCCCAACAUCCAGGCCGUGCUGCUGCCUAAGAAGACUGAGAGCCACCACAAGGCCAAGGGCAAGUAAACUGCAGUAUUCAAAUUCUUGAUCUUUGAGGAAUCAAUCUUAACCAAAGGCUCUUUUCAGAGCCACCCACGUAUUCAUUAAAAGGGCUUACAUUUUCCUUAUUUAAGCAGGUUGUUGAAAGUGAUUCUCAUCACAUUUUGUCAACUUAGAAGAUGUAUUUUCUAUGAAAUGCAAACUAAUCAUACUCUUUAAAGUAAUCAAAGUACUCUUUAGCUAAGUAAAAAUGAUAUAGAGAGACCUUGUAUCACAAGUAAUUAAGUCCAUCAAUGCUGCAAGUCCUCAGUUGUUAACCCUCAGAAAAAGAUAAUGGUACAAUAAUACUUGGUAAAUGUUGAAAGUUUAGGUGCAAAUCUAGUUGGUGACCUACAAGAUCAUUUAAACCACUCCUUUAGUACUAUCUCAUGUUGAAACGAAUUGUUUUGCAUCCUAAUGGGACAAGUUGAUCUGUAAUUCAUACUUGUUUUUAAUAGCCAGUCUCAACUCUACUGAGCUGGGCCCUAAUUAAUUGUAAAUACUGGGCCCCAGGGACAGCGUCCCUCCUUCCUGACCACCCCCUCGUUGGAGUGCCGAGGCCAGUCAGCCCCCAGCUCUGGCGGCUCAGCGUCCCCUCGGAAGUGACUGCGAGUCAAGCUCCCCACCGGCCCCCUCCCCCCUGGUCUCCCUCCCGCCAGGGCCGCUUCGUGCGCGGUGCCGGUCGACCCCUCCUCAGGGUGGAGGAGACCCGGGCCGACUCCGCUCCACUGACCUACCGCUGCCCGACUGGGACGUGGCCGAACAGCCGGACACAAUGAGAAGCUGACAGUCUGCAACCCGGAAGAGAGUCCUCACCAGAAGGCGAUGAUCCCGGCACCUAGAUCUCAGACUUCCAGCCUCCAGGACUGAGAAAUACAUUUCUGUUGUUUACAAGCCCCCACCCCGUCCCGUUUAUGGUACUUUGUGACAACAGCCCAAACUGACUUAGCACUCUUUUUUUUCAAGUACAUCGAAGAAUUUGUGGAGCCCAUCCAUUUUAUGAUACAAUUUCCCAAAUAACCAAUAUGCUCUCUAUACACUCUGAUUUGUCAACAUUUGUAUUUAUCAAAAUUGUUAUUAAAA